CAGCACAACACCUCUGUUUAAGUCAAUGGCAUUGAGCGACAGAUAUCCAAGUAAUUUAAUCAUAUUCAGGCAUUUUUAUCAGUGACUUUAAUGAACUAUAUGAGACAGAUUUGGGCUUUGAAAUUCAACGAUUUAGGUUUCCCAACAGAGAUUUUAAUGUAAUAUUAAAGUUUUUAUCCAUGUUUUACUUCGUUUGAUUCAGAAGUGAAUUGUGAUCGAUGUUCAGUAUAAAAUAUACUAAUCAAAUUUUUUUUUUCAAUUAGUUUCUUUGAUUUUACUGAAAACAGUUUGGAAAAAAGCACUGAAAAGCUAUAAUGAGGGGUUAAAAUCAAUUAGUGGAUUUUAUUGCCAAUUCCAUUCAAAAUCUGAAAAUAAAAAAAAGAAAAGAGUCCAAAGUUUUAAAGGCAUAGAAGAAGACAGUCCUGUUCGAUCGGACGGAUCAUCAAUAAUGUGAAUACUAUUGCGGUGCAUACUAAUCACAUCGCCAGAUUUCCAGGACCAAUGCAGAUCAUUUGACUGCUAGUACUUAUUGGGAUAAAUUUAAAAGUUGUUUGGAUUUUACAAAAUAAACAUCGAACAGGCUGAAUGUAAAGAUGAUUCUCUCGAGAAACUUAUUGUUGGCAUUUAAAUGUUUCUGUUUGUGUAGAGUCGUAUUCGUUGAAUCAGCAUGUCAAGACUCUCAUUUCAAAUGGCCCUUCCUACCCACUACAUGCCAUCUAGAAGUCCUUAAAUCUAACAACAGUAUCAUUGGUCCUUCGUGUCCGCUAAGUUUUGCAGAUAGAUAUCCAAUAACGAAUCCCUCUAACAAGUCAGUAGAAAUUAAGCCCGGUUUCUUUUUUGACGUUGAUGUUCCUCUAAUCACAAUAAACAUAGACGACUAUGGUAUUUCUUUAUACGUUUAUCCAACGAGUGAUUCUGGUACAAUAUUUGAUUACCAGUCAGAAGACGAGACCUUCCGAAUGAAAGUCUGGCUGGAUGGCGGAAACCUUAGAGCCUCCAGACGGAUUACAAGGAAUGUGUUUACGUAUUUGGUCAACGAGGAAGCCAACCCGGUCAUUUUAAACCAAUGGCAAAAAGUAGGCGUGUCUGUGGACAGCAGCGCUAAGAGUCUGAGAACAUUUGUUGCUGACAGCCUGGAGAUUAGCAACGACAGCCCCAAUCAAAAGAGUAUAGAUGGUGACAGCGACGAUGCAAAUAGACAAAUCGUAACCCCCGGGAAAAUGCGAGUAGGGGCCUCUUUCAAUGAGAGUGAUCCCCGCACUUUCACUGGACUAGUAACUUGCCUAGGCAUGGUUCUACACAAAGAAUUGGACUGCUUUACAGACUGUGCAUCAACUGGGAAUUGGAGAAAUACUCCAACUUUUAGCGACGCUGACAAAUUGCAUUACGCCACCUUCUCAGGUGUACAAUUCGAUAAGAUGCCGAUCACCACGCCCAUCUACCAAUCAGUAACGAGAUCACUCACCACGUGCGCGAUCACGUGCCUCAGAGACUUUAUCUACUGUCGAUCUUUUACAUUCCAAUCCCAGUCCAAUACCUGUUCUCUAUUCUCUGCCAUAUACACACAGUCUUUUGAAUUCACCACACAAGCUGGUCAUAUUUACUACAAACUUCUUAGCUAGAUAGAUAUAGUAACCUACUA